AUGAUUCUAUAUUUGUUGUCUCUCAUAGGAAUACUAACAGGCUUCGUAUGCUUGACAUUGGCCAUUGCCUCUGGUCUCUAUUAUCUUUCUGAGUUGGUGGAAGAGUACUCGGAAUUGACCAAAAGAACCCUAUACAGAUUGAUCUACACCAUCAUCUCCGUGCUUUUGCUAUUAUGGAUUGUCGAGGGAUUCCCAUUUAAACUCACGGUGUUCUCAAUUGCCAUCAACUUUCUAUACUUGAAAACCUUAUCGAAAUUCCCAUACUUGAAGAUUGAUUCUCCUGAUUUCAUCUUGUCGGGGAUUUUGACGUUUAUCAACCACUUUCUUUGGUUCAACCAUUUCAAUAACCUUUCGCUGAACCGUCAUUAUGACAACAGAAUCAUUCCAUCGUUCAGUGAGAUUGCAAGUUUCUUUGGCAUUUGUGUUUGGUUGAUCCCAUUCUCACUUUUCAUUUCCUUGUCGGCUGGCGAAAACUUGCUUCCAAGCAACAAUAAUGAAUUGGACGGCAGCAGAAAUGAUAAUAUUACAAUUGAUGGCAGUACUUUUACUCCAACGACUUUCUCCAGGAAGAGUAAAGGUCUCAUAAAAGAGGUCAUCAAUAAUAUUCGCAAUUAUAUAAUGCCGAGCCAAAGAGACACUGGGGGAAUCAUUUAA